CGGCGUUUCAGGUCCUGACAGGGAAGAAGUAGGCAGGUCCUGGUAGGAGAAAGCCGUGACGGCCCCACCUCCGAGUAAAGGUAGAUCGAGAGCGAUGGAGUCUCCAGUCACAGACUCCGGUGCUGGUGGGACUGCGCGAGCCGCCGGCGGGGGUCUGGGAAUUGGCGGCGCCGCUGGGGGGCCCGCAGUCUCGGCCCGCCUGGGAGCAGCCCGGUGGAAGAUCCUGCAGCAGGUUCUGAAGCAAAAACACAUGGAUAAUUGUCUGCGACAUGUAUCUGUAAGAAGAUUUGAAUCAUUUAAUCUGUUUUCAGUAACAGAAGCCCAGAAAAGGAAAACUGAAGAGGAGGUUGGUGAAUGGGUCCAAUAUACAAGUGUUUUCUAUCCUGAAUACAGUAUUUCCUUAAGGCAUAAUAAUGGAUCCUUGAAUGUUGAAGAUAUUCUUACCAGUUUUGACAACACAGGAAAUGUUUGCAUCUGGCCAUCUGAAGAGGUUUUGGCUCACUACUGCCUCAAGCACAAUAAUCUGUUCAGGGACCUUGCUGUGUGUGAGCUAGGGGGUGGCAUGACAUGCUUGGCUGGGCUCAUGGUUGCUAUUUCUGCAGAUGUCAAAGAAGUUCUGUUAACUGAUGGGAAUGAAAAGGCCAUCAGAAAUGUGAGAGACAUCAUCGCAAGGAAUCAGAACGCUGGUGUGUUUAAGACUCGGAAAGUAUCAAGCUGCGUUUUACGAUGGGAUAAUGAGACAGAUGUCUCUCAACUGGAAGGACAUUUUGACAUUGUUAUGUGUGCUGACUGUCUGUUUCUGGACCAGUACAGAGCCAGCCUUGUUGAUGCAAUAAAGAGAUUACUCCAGCCCAGGGGGAAAGCAAUGGUAUUUGCCCCACGCCGAGGGAAUACUUUAAACCAGUUUUGCAAUCUAGCUGAAAAAGCUGGUUUCUCUAUCCAAAGACAUGAAAAUUAUGAUGAACACAUUUCAAACUUCCACUCCAAGUUGAAAACGGAAAAACCAAACGUAUACGAAGAAAAUCUUCAUUACCCACUUCUGCUCACUCUAACCAAAAACGGAUAGAAGGUUAAGCUCCUCAAAAGAAGAAGAAGACAUCAAGGACACAACGAAUGUUUUCACAGAACCAGAAAUCUGUGAUGGCUAUAAUAUGCAGCCAGACAUUGGCUCCCUGCAAUUUCUGAGCCCCCAGGACUGAGCCCCCACCCUCUGUGUGGGUGGUGGAGCCCUGGCCUCCUGGCGUUAUUCCCCACCAUCCCUGCUCAGCUCCCUCGCCGCCUCUUUUUAUAGUCUGCUUGUUUCUUCCUCCUGCACCAAACCUUUGUUUGUCUCUAAAUAUGUGAAAGCUGCCUAUCUGAGGUCUGAAUUUGACUGGUGAGCACCUCAAUAGUUUUCCCUUUAAUUGAGACAGAAUUUUUUUUGGUGAUUCCCACCCCCUCCCUUAAGAAAAUUGGUCUUUGUUCUGUUUUGGUGGUGGCAGUUUUUAAUCUAUAAACAGAGCAAACGUCAUGAUUCCUUCCUGGUUACAGAAAUAAAUAAAGUACAUCUUUCUG